AUGGAGAAAGAGAAAGGGAAUAACUGCACAUCAUCAAGUGAAUUCCUCCUGCUGGGAAUGGGGAACAUCCCCUCACUCCAUACACCACUCUUCCUACUCUUGCUCCUGAUCUACUUGGUGACCGUGGUUGGGAACAGCCUCAUUGUUGUGCUGGUGGUGGCAGACCGGCAUCUGCACAGCCCCAUGUGUGCCCCCAUGUAUGCCCACUUCUUCUUGGGCAAUCUGUCCUUUGUAGAGACCUGCUGCAGCUCCACCAUCCUGCCCCAGCUGUUGGCCAGCUUCCUGACUGGGGACAGGACUAUCUCUGCUCAGGGUUGUGUGACUCAGAUCUAUUUUCUCAUUCGUUUUGCAGCUAGUGAGUGUUUCCUGCUGGCAUCCAUGUCCUAUGAUGGGUACUUGGCCAUACGCCAGCCCCUGCUCUAUGCAAGCCUCAUGACCUGGAAGUUCUGUGGCCCUGCUGCAACUGACAACUUCUUCUCUGAUUUUACUCCUUUGCUGGAGCUCGCCUGCACUGACACCAGUGUAGUUAAAAUAGUAACUUUCAUCCUGACUCUCCUGGAUUCAGUCUUCCCCUUCCUGAUCACGCUGGCCUCCUACGUGUCCAUCAUAAUUGCCAUCCUGAGGAUCCCCUCCAGCAUGGGCACGCAGAAGGCCUUCUCCACCUGCUCCUCGCGCUUCACUGUCGUCACUGUUUUCUAUGGCUCCCUCAUCAUUGUCCACAUGCUGCUCAGAACCCUCAGACUCAGAGAGCUCAACAAGGUGUUCUCCUUCUUCCUACCCUGUCCUCACACCCCUGGUCCAUCCCCUCACCUACAGUCUGCAGAGCAAGGAGCUCAGGAAGGCCCUGAGGAAAGCACUCAGGAAAGAUUUGGGUGGUACCUAGAGGUCAUGCCAGUUGAAAUGGGCACAGACAACUUCCAACUUGUACAAAACAAAGCGCUGCCUACUGCAGGACCUCUUUAG